AUGGGAAGCAUGAGAAAAGAAUCACACGAGCAAAGCAAGUUUAAGCAUUACAUUUCAACUCCCGUAAGAAUUCUGAAGAAAGCAAAGGAUUUAUAUGUUAAUGGUUUAUUGGCUUGUUCCGGAAGAAUUGCUGGCUCUGCACCUGUUCAUAUGUCAGUUUCACACCUUCCUGCAGACACUGCUAAAGAAAACGGUGGUGAAAGACAGUCACUGAGGGAGAUUUUCAGAACCGCGCCGAUCAAUGAAAUGAGGUUCGUGACUAAUGGAGAAAGAGUAGUACCGAUAAGAAAUACUAUAGGGAGUGAAAUGGUUAUGCAAAGAAGGCAAAGGCAAUGGAUCGCGGGGUAUAGAUAUAAUAGAAGUAAAAUGAGUUAUCAGACUGAGGUGAGAAAGAUGGGAAGAAUUGAUGAAGAUAAACCUUGUUGUUUUGAGGAAGACGAAAGUGAUCAUUCUAUUUCCAAGGGAAAUUUAGUGUAUCUGUAUCCAAGAAGUAGAAGGCUCAAUACUGUUGUCAAAGUGCCACCAGUUUAA